GUACAGAUGUGAAGUGUAGUUUUUGUGUUGUUAAAUAGUUUCUUGUUGUUUUUUAGACAAUUACAUCCCUCGUUUGCCAUUAUUACUGCCUAAUAACAGCGAGACAGUAGAAAUACUACCAUAUCUUCCUAGUAUAUUCUUUCCACCAGCAAACUGCAGCGUUUACUCAGCAACAAAAUGAAGCCAACCGGUGAGGUGCUAAGCGCACUUCGCUCGCUGAUGGCCAAUCUGCCCAACAGUCUCGGGUCGAUCAACGCCUACAUCAUUCCGUCGGACGACGCCCACCAGAGCGAGUAUCUGGCGAAACGGGACGAGCGGCGUGCGUUCAUCUCCGGCUUCGAUGGCAGUGCCGGUACGGCCGUCGUUACCGAACGGGAAGCCCUGCUCUGGACCGAUGGGCGCUACUAUCAGCAAGCUGGCAACCAGUUGGAUUCCAACUGGACGCUGAUGCGAGACGGUCAACCGGCAACGCCGACAAUCGAUGCCUGGUUGGCGAAAGUGCUCCAGCCGGGUUGCCGCGUCGGUGUGGAUGCCAAUCUUAUGUCUACCCGUGCCUGGAAUCCUCUGCAAACAUCGCUGAAAUCGGCCGGUUGUUCGUUGCUUCCGAUUUCGCCCAAUCUGGUGGAUCUGGUGUGGAAGGAUCAACCGGCUGCUCCCCAGAAUCCGAUCAUUCCAUUGGAUUCGUCAUUCGCCGGUGAAUCGGUGGCCGAAAAGUUGGCUGCUGUGCGUGAGACGAUGGUCGAAAACCGAGCGACAGUAUUAGUCGUCAGUGCGCUGGACGAAAUUGCCUGGUUUCUCAAUCUGCGCGGGUCGGACAUCGACUACAAUCCGGUGUUUUUCUCGUACUUGCUGGUCACGUUGGAGGAUUUGUACUUCUUUGUGGACGAGCGCAAGUUGUCGGAAGCGGUCAGCGAUCAUUUCCAGAGGAAUCAGGUUCAACCACAGAUUCGUCCUUACCAUGACGUUCAGGAAGUUCUGAAAACGUUGACCGAAGCUAGCGGGAGUCGUGUCUGGGUCAGCUUGGGUUCGAGCUAUGCACUGACCGCCCUGGUUCCGGAGGAGAAACGACUGCACAAGAUUACGCCGAUCAAUCUGAUGAAGGCCGUCAAGAACGAGGUGGAAGCUGCCGGAAUGCGGCAGUGUCACAUCCGCGAUGGGGUCGCUCUGUGUCAAUACUUUGCCUGGCUGGAGCGGUGCAUUCGGGAAAAUCGCCCGGUCGAUGAAAUCAGCGGAGCGGAACAGCUGGAGAAGUUUAGAAGCAAACAAGAGAAGUAUAUGGGUCUUAGCUUUACCACCAUCAGUGCUUCCGGUCCGAACGGAUCCGUCAUCCACUAUCAUCCGCUGCCGGAAACGAAUCGGCCCAUUUCCGAUAAGGAAAUGUAUCUCUGCGAUUCUGGGGCUCAGUAUUUGGACGGAACGACGGACGUUACUCGUACGGUUCACUUCGGGACGCCUACCGAAGAGGAAAUCCAUGCAUUUACCUGUGUUUUAAAGGGUCAGAUUGCUCUUGGAACGGCAAUCUUUCCACGGAAGGUGAAGGGACAAUUUCUGGACACAAUCGCCCGCAAAGCACUGUGGGAUGCAGGGCUGGAUUAUGGUCACGGAACCGGACACGGUAUAGGGCAUUUCCUGAACGUUCACGAGGGCCCUAUGGGCAUCGGCAUUCGGCUAAUGCCCGACGAUCCCGGUUUGGAGGAGAAUAUGUUUCUUUCCAAUGAGCCUGGAUACUACAAAGACGGCCAGUUCGGAAUUCGAAUCGAGGACAUCGUGCAGGUAGUUUCUGCCUCUAUUAGGGAUAACUUCAACGGACGUGGAGCGUGUACGUUCAGCACCGUGACGAUGUGUCCGAUUCAGACGAAACUGAUUGCGGUGCCACUGUUGACGGAUAAAGAACGUGACAGCCUCAAUCGGUACCACGAAACCGUCCGGCAGACGCUAUCGCCGCUGCUGAAGGAGAUCAACGAUACCGAAACGCUGGCUUGGUUGGAGCGCGAGACUCAACCGAUUGCGUCCGUUUAAUCUUUGUUUAACUUUAGCAACUAUUAGAAUUGAAGCACUGGAAGCGGUAUGUCUAUUUCGCUGAAGAAAUACUGUCGGCUUCUAGUUCUUCGAUUCUAUUGAGGAAAUAUAUUCAUAUUGUUGAUUAUUUACCGUCGGUAUUGCUCUGAUGUGAAGUAGAUAGAAAACAAAUUGUAAUUCAUAUUACGAACAAUUUAGUUAAAAGGAAAAAACACUUUU